GCACUGAAAGAUCAAAUCCGCAAAGCAAGACGCAAGUUUGACGCGGCAGACCAAGACAAGGAUGGGAAAAUGAACAGGGAAGAAUAUGUGUUGUUUCAACAUCCAGAAGAAGCUGAAUUCAUGGAGAGAAUUGCUAUUGAGGAAAUCCUUGAUGAAGUUGACAAAGAUGGAGACGGGUAAGAAAGGACCUUGUGUUUAAUCUCUAAAUGUGUCAUACCUUUCUCUGCAUCAAUAACUUAAAUGUCCUCCUCGGAGUUUACUUGAAUUCACCCAGGUUCAUUACAUAUUCGGUUCCAUAUUAUGGUGGUAACCUGCUCGCAGACGUUGUAUUUCUUACGCUAAGUUAGUUUUUCGUCGCUUUGCGUAAGAAUUAGAGACCUUACGAUUUUAGGACGGCAACGGCUACCAAUACAAUAAUAGAUCAUUGAAAAGAAUUGAGUAAUUACAAUAUAUGAAUAAUUUAGACAUUGUCCUCGCUCUGUUUACAACGCUAAAACACUUUCAACUUCUAAAACUGCAUUAAAUUCAUACGAUUGAUAAUAUACCACGAACUAUCUUUACUACCAUUUAUUUGAAGGAGUUUGUUUUGGCCGUCGCCGUCGCGUUGCCGUCCUAAAAUCGUAAGGUCUCCAUGGCUAUAUUCAGUAACAUUUUCUUCAGGAUACCAUUAGUCCAGUGGCGUAACGACUAUGGGCUCGGACCGGGCGAACCCGGGGGCCCCCAACCCUACCCCAACCCUAAUGGGCCAAGUGGGGGCCCCCAGACUAAGGAUGUAGAGCAAAAACAUUGGCAAGGGGCUUUGAUAUGUCACAAUGUCGUUUUCUGACCAUCAGAAUUCUGUAAAAUCUCUCCCCAAAGUCCAGGAAAUGGCAUUUCAGAGAGUCUAGAUUCAAACAUUUUCCGGAUGAGCAUGUCCUGGACCCCUAGAAAACUCGUGUAUAUACGGCGCUCGACUCGUGCCUUUGGCACUUUUACUAGGGGGGGGGCCUUCGAAAAUUUUGAACCGGGGGCCCCCUGAUAUAACGUUACGCCACUGCAUUAGUCUCCGGACUGGCAGUGAUAAACCUCUCCAUAAUUAACAGAAUGGAGGGAGCAAUAUCAUCGUGUAAUUCAUUGGCAUGUCUAUGGGUUUUAUAAUGCCUUUUCCGCACUACAAAAUGAGACCUGAAAGUUCAGGCCCCCAAUCCUGGGGACUCAUUAUAUCCAUUCAUUUCUUAGGCAUAUAUCAAUCAAAGAAUUCCUGGGUCAGUACGGCGAGGACCAGGGUCCCGAGUGGGUCGCUCGCGAGAGAGAGCACUUCGCGAAAACCUUCGACACAAAUGGCAACGGAAAACUGGAAUUUGACGAAAUCCAUAAAUGGGUCAUUCCCACGCGUGGAGAAUCGCGCGAGGAAGCCGAGCAUCUUAUGGAGGGGACGGAUGAGGACGCCAGUGGAUAUUUGUCGGUGGAUGAAAUUAUCCUUCAUUACGAUCUGUUUGUUGGUAGCAAGGCAACUGACCACGGAGAAACAUUGAAACGAAUGAGACAUGACGAAUUUUAG